UUCAACAAGAGAAACAAGAGCAAAGGUGAGGCGAGUGGUGGUGUCGAAGGCGCAGCGUUCAAAGUGUGGCCUCGACGACGACGACGACGAUAUUGCUUUGUCUAGAUCAUGGUCGGCGACGCAAUUGACAAUUGGUGCUCGUAAGAUGUGAAGCCACCUCCUGUGGCGAGGCUGAGGUCCAUCCCCUGGUUUGCAAUUUACCUGCCUGGACCCCACACAUCACAUCGUCACCUUUUGGAAAUUGUCGGAGUCGUGAAGUUACCCUCGGGGAUUCCUCAACACCAUACCUGGAAAGAUCGCAACUUUAAUCCUGCGUCGUUGUUAUUGCUGCUUCAUCCUGAUCUUAUUUGGGUUUUGCCCUUGUUCGCUCAAGGAGAUCGAACGAAAGGCCAGAUUGACAGCAUUUGAAAUUAGGCUUGCUUGUGAAAGAGGCUUGGGUUUGGUGUAGGGUUUGUUUCUAUGCUUGGAUCGCUGGUUCAGCCCCUCGUGAUCAUCAAUUCUUCUGCGCUGUAGCAAUGUUUCUGCGGCAGGCAUACAAGACUGCUACCUUCGUCUCCUAUGGAUACAUGAACUGGACUCGGGGAUCUUUCCUGAAGCACCAGAAGGAGUUUAAGGAUCAGGAAAUGGCAGUGGACUUAACAGACAAACAGUGCCUGGUGACAGGUGCCAAUACAGGCAUUGGAUAUGCCUCUGCAGAAGCACUUGCGGCCAGGGGCGCAACCGUGCACUUGGUGUGUCGAUCGAAGGAGAAAGGGGAGAAGGCUGUUGGGGAGAUCAAGGCCAAAACUGGGAACCCAAAUGUGUCCCUUCAGGUCUGUGAUUUGUCAUCGCUACAGCAAGUCAAAGACUUUGCUGCUGAAUACACAUCAUCUGGUCGACCUCUUCACAUACUGGUGAACAAUGCAGGGUUAAUGGAAACCGAGCGCACUCAAACUGUGGAUGGGUUGGAGACAAAUUUCGCAGUGAACGUUGCUGGUGUGUAUGCUAUGACGGAACUCUUGAUGCCUGCAUUGAAACGAGCUUCACCCGAGUCUCGUGUGAUAACAGUUUCAUCUGGGGGCAUGUUAACUGAAAACCUCAAUGAAAAUCUGCAGUACGAGGACAAGAAUGUUUUUGAUGGAACGACUCAAUAUGCGCGCAACAAGCGCGUGCAGGUCGCAUUAACAGAGUACUGGGUUCAGAAGCAUAAAGACGCUGUUGGAUUCUACUCUAUGCAUCCAGGUUGGGUUGAUACUGGGGGCUUGAAGAAAAGCAUGCCCGACUUCCACUCAACCUUUCAAAAAUCACUGAGGUUCUUAAAUGAAGGAGCAGAUACAAUUACUUGGUUGGCGUUGCAACCACGCGCAAAGCUUCAAAAUGGGGAAUUUUACUUCGACCGAAAAGUUGCUGCCAAGCAUUUACCAGGUUUUGGCACGCAAUACACACCUAAGCAGGUGGCAACAAUUGCCUCCAAAAUUCAUUCUCUAUGUGGGCUACCUCCCAUGAGCGAUUGAAUGGGUUACUCGUAACUAAUUUCAGGUAACAAUGUUGAAAUUCAGUUAUUUCGUUACUCCAGGUGUAGUGGACUCAUCGAGGUAAAUUUCAAGUGACAAGAUUCCUUAGCUGAAGACGUCAUAGAUCGGGGCUUGUCCCACUGGUUGAUUAUAGGACGCUGGAAAGACAACCAUGGCAGGCACGUUGGUUUGCUGGCAUCUGCAGUGAGUUUCAAUGUCAAGUAACAAAAGGGAUUGAUGUUCAGUCUAAACGUUGAUGUUGUCUGGGGGUUCAAGCCCUAGACCAA